AUGACGACCAUUAAUGUUUACGUUUUCCGAGCAGAGGCAGAAAAAAAUGACACAAAUGGAGCAAAAAUUAAAACAUUUAGAAGAACUGAGAAGCUGGAAGACGAGUCGUUUACCUUGUACCCUCUCACUGAAACUGACGAGUUUUGUUUUGCAGACAGGGAAGCUCCUGCACGUUUACCUCUGCUUCCUCCCGUUUGCGACGCGGCGCCGAGGCUUCUGGGCGCCGGGGAGUCGUCCUCCAAACCCCAAAAGGACGAGGUGAGGAUGGACCUGGAGAACUCGCCGUUAUGGAAGCAGUUCAGCUCAGUGGGAACCGAGAUGAUCAUCACCAAGAAGGGCAGGCGGAUGUUCCCGGGCCUGAGACUGAAACUGUCGGGUCUGAACCCGUCUCUCCGCUACAUCCUCCUGCUGGACGUCGUCCCGGCCGAUAAUUCCCGCUACCGCUUCCAAGGCGGCGGCUGGCAGGCCGUCGGUGGGGCAGAGGCCAGACUGCCCGACCGCGUCUUCAUCCACCCGGACUCGCCCGCCACCGGGGCCCACUGGCAGAGCCGCACCAUCUCCUUCCACUACGCCAAGCUCACCAACAACACCCUGGACACACAGGGACAUAUAAUCCUGCACUCGCUGCACCGCUACCAGCCCAGAGUCCAUGUGAUCGAAGCCAGAGACAUGUUACGGUGGGGCGGAGGACAGCACAGCUUCGUUUUCCCAGAGACCCAGUUUAUCACAGUCACAGCUUACCAGAACAACAAGAUCACAGAGCUGAAGAUCAACUCCAACCCUUUUGCUAAAGGCUUUCGAGAGGAUGGCAUGAACAGCAAAAAGCAAAGAGACGCAAGACAGAAACGCAAGAUGGUCGUGCUAACGGAGACUCUGGAUAUUGUGAACUGUGAUCCCUGUGAAGCUGCUGAAUCUGCGGCCUCCAGCUCCGACCUGCAGACUCUGGCGCUGGCCUCUCUCCCUCAGCUGCCUGACUCUUCCUGCGGGUUCAGACCCGAGGAAGCGUCCUAUCCUGUCCCAGAGCCCGCACUGGAUCUGGCCCAGACCUUCAUGACCUCCCAGAUGUCAGACAUCAGCGUAACACUGCAGGAAACGCAGGAAAACGAAGCGGUGCACAAUAUGAUUGAAAGCUCGGACGUCAUGGCUGAAGCGACCUUUGAGCCUAGCUUCUCUGCUCCUCCAUCCCAUCCUCACCCAUCCUUCCCUCCGGUGGAUUACUCUUCCAGCUCCUUCAGCUUCCCCACACCUCCACCUUCAGACUCCUCUUCCUCCCCCGCUAAUGGCGCCUUCAUCCCGGAAACAAUCAGCCCCCACACUCCAGCUGAUUUCACCUGUCCGUCAAAUCCACAAACAUCUCCUCCCUCUCAGGUGCAGCAGGGAGAACCGGAUGCUAAUGCAAGUAAUGGACGUUUAGUUCACACUUCGGCGGCUUUCAUUUAUCCAAAUAUCCUCCCUACGAAUGCAGAACCUGAAUAUUCUUUAGCUACUUUACCUGCUAAUGGUUCCUGCAACACUUUUGCGUUGCCGUCGCUUCCCCAACAAAUUAAAACUCUCUCAUUUCCAAACGUAAGUGCAAGCGCUGCUUUGAAUUUCCCUAACUUGACCCACCAAGCUCAGUUCGCGAGUGCCCCCUGUCGUCCGGAGGUGGUACUGCACCGCCAGGCUUUUAUUCCUCAGCCGACCUCCACGCCUCCGCCAGCUCUUUACCCCGCCUUCCCAUCAUACCCUCUCCGCCUGCAUCAGGACCCCCACUCCGCCCUCUCCGCACCCUUCAGGCAUCUUUACAGACAGCACCAGCAGAGCCACCCUCACUCCCAGGGGUCCUACAUCAGCACAAGAGCAGUGUUUUAAAUUAAUGUUUGGUUUCAAGGCGCUUUAAGGGAAUUUAGCAAUAUAUGGACUAGAAGUAGCAGUCAUGAACUUUGUAUGAGAGCCAAACUGUUCAGCUGAUUGAUAUUGGUGAUAAUAAUGAUGAUUUGCAUAUACUUUGAAGUACAGCUUGGUGUGAUGGUGUA